CAUGCACUUCUCCAUUAACUGCACCGGCAAAUGGUGCUGUAACCGUCGGUGCUAAUCUAUUUUCAUCAGUGAGUCAGUACAGUUGCAAUGAAGGUUAUCAAUUGAGUGGUACGAGUUACACAAUAUGUCAAGCCGAUGGGUCUUGGUCAACUGCCAAUCCAAUGUGCACACAGAUCACUUGCACAUCUCCACCAACAACACCGAGAAAUGGUGCUGUAACCGGCAGUGCUAAUACAUUUGCAUCAGUGCGUCAGUACAGUUGCAUGGAAGGCUAUCAAUUGAGUGGUACCAGAUACACAAUAUGUCAAGCCAAUGGGUCUUGGUCAACUGCCAAUCCAAUGUGUACAAGAAUUCUGUGCUCGGCACCGAUCCCAUCACUAACAAACGGUGGUGUAGAAAUGGGAGGGACCACAUAUUUGACAGUGCGUGGAUUUUUUUGUUACCCAGGCAACGCCCUCAGUGGAAGUAGGUACACUGUCUGUCAGGCUGACGGUACAUGGUCAACAGCAACUCCAAAUUGCACAGCAAACACAUGCUGGAGUCUAUCAGCCCCUAGCAAUGGAUAUGUAUACAUGGAUGACACGACUUUCGGUUCAAAGGCAAGUUUCAGCUGCAUUGCUGGAUAUCAGCUGACGGGUGUGUCCAGUGUUACGUGUCUCACCGAUCAGACCUGGUCUGCAAUCAGUCCAAGAUGUACAAAGAUCACCUGCCCAGUGCUGGCUACACCACCCAAUGCAAUAUUAUCUCCUGGAACAGUGGAUUUCCAGGCCAAACGUACAUUCUCCUGCACUGAUGGAUAUACCCUGUCGGGGGAUUCACAACUGGUCUGUCUUUUGAAUGGAUCUUGGUCUGCCCCGUUUCCAACUUGUUCCAAGUUGGCCGAAUGCGCUCCGCUAACCAUUGGCAAUGCCGCUGUAUCCAGUGGCCCAUAUAGAGUGAACAGCAUCGUCAACAUCACAUGUAACGCAGGCUUUGAGCUCUCAGGAAGCGCAGUGGUCAUAUGUCUGGACAGCUUGAAAUGGUCUUCCUUGCCGAUUUGCAACCGAGUACCACUACUACCAGAAUGCCCUGUGCUGGUUGUUUCCAAUGCAACUGUGUCAAGCGGCUCAAAUAAAGUUAACAGUAUCCGCAGUGUCUCAUGUAAUGCCGGCUUUGAGCUCUCGGGCAACUCAAUGGUCAUAUGUAUGGCCAGCAAGAGUUGGUCCACCUUGCCUGUUUGCAACAGAGUACCAGAAUGCCCUUUGCUAAUUGUUAAUAAUGCGGUCGUGUCAGGAGGCUCAACGAGAGUUAACAGUAUUCGCAACGUCUCAUGCAAUUCCGACUUCGAGCUUUCGGGUAGCUCUUUGGUCACAUGUCUACCUAGUGAGGAGUGGACUACCUUGCCAGUUUGCAAUCGAGUGCUUCAAUGUCCACCGUUAAGCGUUAGCAAUGGAAUCGUGUCAGGGGGCUCAAAUACAGUGAACAGCAUCAGCAGCAUCACAUGUAAUGCCAACUUUGACCUCUCGGGAAACUCAAUGGUCAUCUGUCUACCCACCGCGGCUUGGUCUUCAACUCCUGUGUGCAAUCGAGUGGUAGAAUGUCCGACGCUCACUGUUAAUAACGCAGUACUGGCAGGCAGCUCAAAUACAGUGACUAGUGUUCGCAACAUCACAUGUAAUGACGGCUUCGAGCUUUCGGGUAACACAAUGGUCACGUGUCUUCCCGGUGCGGAGUGGUCUUCCACACCAUCUUGCAAUAGACUUGUUCAGUGUGGGUCUCUGCAAGUGUCCAAUGGAAAGGUCUCGGAAGGAGAAAACACUGUCAGCAGUGUGCGUACCGUGACCUGCAAUCUUGGAUAUGAGCUGGGCAGUGAUCAGACAGCAGUGUGUUUGGCGAAUGGCACUUGGUCCAGCAACCCAGUGUGUACAGACGGCACAAACUCAUGCCCUAAAUUGCUCGCUCCAGCCAAUGGGCGGAUAGACACAGGGACUGAAGACAUCGGCAUACCAAGAACGUACUCCUGUUCUGACGGGUACAUAAUAAUGGGUUCACCAACAACAGUGUGCUUGCAAGGUGGAAAUUGGUCUCAUCCAGCUCCAGCCUGUGUUCGCCCCUGUUCUGAGCAACAAACACCGGCAUCUUCCACAACGUUCACCAUUGUUGCAGGAGCUAUUGGGUUUCUUGUCGGCUUGAUUAUUCCGGGCACUUUUAUGAUAGUUUAUCAAGCGCGACGCAGAGGCCUGGCUGAGAUCACCACGGUAAGAGAGACGAGCAGCAACGAGCAAACAACGGUUUUUGCGAGCAAAUUGACAGAAAAUGAUGCUUACGAGAUGACCUCAACUGCAGUGGAAACAAACCAAGAGCCCCAGUACGAAACAAUGUGCCAGAUUUAACCAUACAUGCUUUCUAUAUUUCUUCCUCUUCUCUUCUACGUUUUCUGCAUCUGGAGCACUUACCACCAUUUUGCAUAUUCUUUGCAUACAGCCUAUCGCCCGUUGGAAUUGGCAAAACUUCGGAUAUUUGAGAAAACAAGGCGCUGUUUCCCCAUUCCUUACUUACUAUUUCAAUAUAAUAUUUAGCUUUAUUGUUAGAAUGUGUAGCCCCAUUGCAGCCCGGGCAUCUUUUGCACUAAACCUCCAAGCCGUAACACAUGGACUGUACGAUUUUCUUUCAUUAUUUCACUAAGAAGGGCAGCAUAGAAUGGACACGUUCGGAUCGCAGCACUUGCCUGAAGACGCCCAUAGGUUUGGUAAAGAGUGCACAAAAACGAGCCGCUCUGUGCCCUUGCGAAGCUGUGCAUUGGAAGUAGGUGGCAGAAUACAGCAUAUUGGACCAACUGACGAGCAUGCUGUGCUCGAGGACUGAUACAAACCAGACUGUCCUUGAAAGUCGCCUAUUGGACAUUAUAAAUUCUCGAAUACAAUCAAUGUGUUACUUACUGGAGGUUUAGUGAAAGCAGACCAUUUGCUGUUCUUUUAUUGCCGGCAUUUUUGGUACAUUUCAAGAGCAGUGCGACAAAAUUCAACCACAUCUUCUCUUGGGUUUGACUGUCUUUAGCCUCUAUGAUACCUAAGGCCAAAUAAUGUUCUUAAUCAUGCAACCACGCUAUCCUUUUAUACAUACACAGUGUGAAUGUUUGCAAUAAUUGUUCAUUGCUUAGCCUGCUUGCAACAUUUGCGCUUUUCCUCGCCUUUUCUUAUUGCUCAUAGCUGGAGACAGUUACUCUAGUCUCUGAUUGCUCCUCUGCAAACUCACGUAAUAAUUAUCUUCAAUUGCACCAAUGAUUAUUCAAGUUCAGUGUC